AUGGACUUGUUUGAGUAUGGGGCAAAAGACUAUCUUGUUGUAGUAGACUACUACUCCAAGUUCCCAGAAAUCAGCCUACUCGAGAGAAAACCCGCGAGUGAGGUGAUCACGUAUCUCCGGUCCAUCCUCGCGAGGCACGGGAUACCGGAAACUAUUGUAUCUGACAAUCAACCGUUUAGCUCCCGUAAGCUCAAAGACAUUGCUAGGAAAUGGGACAUUGAACUAUGUACCUCAAGCCCAACCUACCCCCAGUCAAACGGACUUAGUAAAUGGGCUGCACAAACAGUUAAGAACAUCCUUAGAAAGUCAGCCGAGGAAGCGAGUGACCCAUACAUCGCGUUACUCGAAUACCGAAACGCACCCAUUGCGGGAAUGAAUUACUCUCCCGCUCAACUGCUGAUGAGCAGAACACUUCGAUCAAGAUUACCAGCAAAAAGUACAGCGCUGAUGCCAAGAAUUGCAAAGGAUGCAUGUGAGCAGCUCAAAAUGAGACAGAAUGAGCAGGCACGCCUAUAUAACAAGCAUGCAAAACCGUUACCAGAGCUACAGACUGGUGAUACCGUCAGGAUCAUGCAGGACCCAGAAAACUUGGGAACCAGCU